GGCUCUCGGGGGUCAACGUCGUGCUGGUCAUGGCUUACGGCAGCCUGGUGAGGGCCGGCGGGACAGGGCGGUGCGGGCUGGCGUGUCUGUGCGGCGUGGAGUGUCCGCGGAGCUGGACCACGCGAGUCCGUGGAGCCCCCGUGAGGCUGAUCCCGGCGCGUCCGUGGAGCUCCCGUGGGCCCGGGCCCUAGGAGUCGAUGAGGCUCCUGUGAACAGCGUCCGGGCUGUCUUUGGGGUACCCCUCGGAGUCGGGCUCAGGGCUUCAUGGCGCUGUGGCUGGAGGGCUUCUAGAGUCGGUGGGGCACGGAGAGGACCUGAAUGGCAGCCUUUAGAAAUUGGGAAGGUCUUUGUGCUGCUGUUCAUCUUUGUGAAGCGCCAGAUCAUGCGCUUUGCCAUGAAGUCCCGCCGUGGCCCCCAUGUGCCUGUGGGACAGCAUGCACCCAAGGAUUUAAAGGAGGAGAUUGAUAUUCGACUAUCAAGGGUGCAGGACAUCAAAUAUGAGCCACGGCUUCUGGCAGAGGAUGACAACCGGCUCCUGCAGCUGGAGACACCAGGCUGCUAUAACUACCUGUACCGGAUGAAGGCACUGGAUGCAAUCAGGACAUCAGAAAUCCCGUUUCAAGUAGAGGGCCGGUACCCAAAGUCUUUAAUAGGGAAGAACUUCUGUGCCUACUUGCUGGAACUGCGAAAUUCCAGCACCUCCUUCAAAGGCAUCCGCAAAGCCUUGAUUGACACCUUGCUGGAUGGCUAUGAGAGUGCCCGCUAUGGCACUGGGGUCUUUGGGAAAAUGGAAUAUCUGAAGUAUGAGGAAGCUCUGAAUGAACUGGCAAACAUGACCAAGUCUCAGGGCAGCAGCAGCCAGCGGCAGCACCAGUCAGCAGUGAAAGACCUCACUCUGUCCCCUGAAGUCUCCAACCCCACCACCAUCCAGGUCACCUACCUUCCCUCCAGCCAGAAGAGCAAACGUGCCAAACACUUCCUGGAGCUGAAGAGUUUCAAGGACAACUACAACACGCUGGAGAGCACCCUGUGAGCGUGUGGGGGCCUGGUGCAGUGGGUAUGCUGGGCAGGUCUGGGCUGCAGUGCAGGCAGCACUGACAGGAACCUGCUGCACUCUCAGAUCUCCCCAUCCACGCCACAUUGGAGAUCAUCACCUGGCGGGAGCUCCAUUCCAACUGCUGGUGUUUCGCCCUCACCAGGAGCCCAUUCUGGAGCUGCUGAGCCCAUGGGGAUCAGCCCCACAGCCUUCUCUGCCACAGGCUUAUAACACUCCAGGCUUUGAAUCCUGCACUGUCUUGGACCCUGUGAAUAAACUCAUGAGCUUGAGCUUA